GGCAGCCUCACGCUCGUCCCCACCGCUUCCGGCCGCGCAGGCGUCCUGGGAUGCGAGCCGGAGUCGGUGGUCGCCAGGUCACCUGUUACUGACAAGGCUUCCUUGUAGCAGGCUCUGCCUCCUCAGGUUCAGCUGCUGUCCGGUAGUGCCAACCGCUGGAGACCAAGUCUUCAAUGAAUGGGCCUUUGGAGGGUACUCGCCCAGACCACGGGGGACUGAACGUGCAUAUAUGGGGCCGGAGAGUGAAUAGUGUGGGCAUUUUGUUAAAGAAGAAAGAUCCUGUCUGCUGCGUGGAGAAUGGAUUGGAACACAGAAAGACCAUGCAGGAAUCAGCUAUAGAAGGCCGGUGUGCUGUGUGAGUACAGAAUCUCCUGAGGCCAGAAGACACCAUCAGACCUGCUGGGACUGGAGUCAUAGAGGCUGUGAGCUGCCAUGUGGGACCAAGCAGGUCACUGAGGGGCGCAGGCGUGUGGAUGGCGACCCUGCUGGGAGAAAAAAGAGACUGCCGAAGAGACUGACAUGGGACAGCAACAUGGAACCAGGAAUGGUCUCACCCACAGAGAGGUCCCCCGGGGCGUGGGGCUGCUGCUCGCCAUGGCCCUUAUGAAUGUGGUCCUCUACCUCUGCCUCGAUCAGCUUUUCAUCUCCCCUGGACGAUCCACGGAGGAUUCCAGGCGCUGUCCUCCGGGAUACUUCAGAAUGGGACGGAUGAGAAACUGCUCGCGCUGGUUGUCCUGUGAGGAGCUGAGGACAGAAGUCAGGCAGCUGAAGCGCGUUGGGGAAGGAGCCGUGAAGAGAGUCUUUCUGUCUGAAUGGAAGGAACACAAAGUCGCUCUCUCCCGGCUCACCAGGCAGGAGAUGAAGGCUGACUUCCUGCAUGGACUGCAGAUGCUGAAGUCUCUACAGAGCGAGCACGUGGUCACGCUGGUGGGCUACUGUGAGGAAGAUGGCACUAUUCUCACCGAAUAUCACCCCUUAGGCUCCUUGACCAACCUGGAAGAAACGCUAAACCUUUCAAAGUACCAAGACGUGAACACUUGGCAGCACAGGCUGCAGCUAGCCAUGGAGUACGUCAGCAUCAUUAACUACCUGCACCACAGCCCCCUGGGCAUGAGGGUCAUGUGUGACUCUAACGACCUGCCCAAAACACUGUCCCAGUACCUGCUGACAAGUAACUUCAGCAUUGUGGCAAACGACCUGGAUGCGCUGCCCCUGGUGGACCACGACUCUAGAGUACUUGUAAAGUGUGGCCACAGGGAGCUCCAUGGGGAUUUCGUGGCUCCGGAGCAGCUGUGGCCCUAUGGAGAAGAGACAGCCUUCCAAGAUGAUCUCAUGCCUGCCUACGAUGAGAAGAUUGACAUCUGGAAGAUUCCAGAUGUCUCCAGUUUCCUUCUGGGGCACGUGGAAGGGAGUGAUAUGGUUAGAUUCCAUUUGUUUGAUAUCCAUAAGGCGUGUAAGAGCCAGAUCCCUGCAGAAAGACCCACUGCUCAGAACGUUUUAGACGCUUACCAAAAGGUUUUCCAUUCACUCCGGGACACUGUGAUGUCGCAGACAAAAGAAAUGCUGUAAAAAAAAAAAAAAAAAAAAAAAAAAAAAAUGGGCCAUUGAGUGAUGUGCUUUAUGGUGGAAUGGCAUCCUCGCUGUUCUCUUGAUGAUGGAGGGGCUUCAGAUGGAUGGAUGUUGACCCUGGCUCUUCAGCCACGUAGGCCCUCCUCUACAUCUGCCUGCACAUUUGAGUGUUCUGCUCUCCUGGCAGCCUGGAUAGAAGCUGGCAGUCAAGAAGGCCUUGCUUCACGAUGCUUCCUGGUGAAGAUGCAGAGGAUUCUGGGUGUGCACAAGUUAAAAGGAAUGAUCAAAUGGUAACCUUGAAGACACGCUGCCUGCCCUGGUAACCGUUCUUAUAGACUAGGAGCAAACACAAAUCCUUUCAGUGACCAUUUGUUAAAAAACAAACAAACAAACAAACAAAAACAACCCACUAGUUCCCCAAAGACAAUUUCUCCUAACUUAAAAAGCCCCAUUGGAAGCUGGGGAUGUUUUAACUCAGUGGCAGGGCACUUGCCUGGUUAUAUACAGAGCCUUGGAUCUGACCCGAAGUAUGUGCUUACAUACUCAUGCUCAAAGAAAACCCUGGAUGCCAGAAGUGCCCCCCCUUUCUUGUCAGUGAGUCGUUGCCAGUGUUGGAGAUGACUUUCUAUGGCGUUUGUGCCAACUCCUGUCCCUGAGCCAAGUGUUUAUGGUCUUUAGCUACUUUGUGGGUUCUUCAUUCUUCCACCCUGUUUUUCCCCUUCCACUGCCUAACACUUAAUAGGAGAGAGGAGAGAGAGAAAGGAAAGUGGGGGACGUUAUUGUCAGACUACUUCCUGCUGACUAGGGGGCAUCGAGCUCCUGGGAGCAAUGAUCUUUGCUGUCGGGAUAUCUAGUUUCUUCUUUGCGUGUGACCGCUUCACAAACAGCGACCAACAGCAAACAAACAAACCACCCGUCUCUGGGGGGGUGGGGGCCUAGCAUUUAUAUACCUAUGAAAAGUCCCCAGAAUUCCAAACGUCACACAAUCACAGAAGCUAUCCACCUCUGGCAAAACAACACCCCCGCUAGAGCAUGAGACAAAUCAUAAUCAGCUGCCGUGGACAAUCUGAAGCAGCCCUAUAUCCCACACCUGGGAUUAAAACGAAAACACGUUCUUAUCUGUUUUUUCUUUUUUUCUUUUUUUUAAGUAACCAAAGUGUGCCAUGAUAGCAUGCUCUUGUGAUUGUAAAUGUCUAGAAAUGUUUGGAACAGCAAGUUGAAAGAGCUCUCUUACCUGCCUUGGAUGGUGCUUUGAAAUUCCUGCUGACCUGGAGUUUGUGUGUGAAUAUUUUUAUCCAGGGUCCCUCUGUUCUAGAAAGUACUAAGUCUACUCUGGGCUUGCAUGACUGGACAUUUUAAAACAUUGUGGAGCCAGGAAUGAUGGUGCCCACCUGUAAUUCCAGCACCUGGGAGACAGGAGGAACCAGGAGUUCAGGGUUAUCCUGGGCUAUAUACCGUGACCCUGUCCACCCCCACCCCCAAUUAAAA